CAGGGGCCAGGAUAUUCCCUGAAACUGGUCCCUUACAGUGUUGUGUGUGCGGACACAAAGUUUGGUUUGUAUCAACAAACAAUAUAUUGACUAUAGUGCACAUAUGCUAAAUUAGUGCGUCUACAAAUGGAAAGUAAAAGCUAACUUAACUGAACAGUGAGAAGCGUAUUUUGAGUAGUUAUGUCGUGGUAAAGCAACUAAUGCACAACAACUGGUCUCCCUGUGCAUGCUGUCAAAAACAUUACAAGAGUACAAAGAGUUAUUACCUUUUGCUUUGAGCGUUUUACAUUUUACUUAGCUGAAAACCUCGCAUUGUAUCUGUUGUUUUUCUUAUUUAGAAACGGAUCUUGUAUGUAUUGACCUGGUGACAAAUAGGACUAAAAUGGUUAAUUUAUAACUGGCUAAACAGGUUAAGUUUAUUCAUAGCACCUUAAAAGCACAGGCCACACAUGCCUACAGUUACAUAUAUUGUUGCAAUUUCAUUACGUGAAUUGUCUGACCUAAAAUGAUUUAAUUCAGAUGGACGUCUUAAGUGACAGGAUGAAUGAUUGAAUGCUAGCAUUGUUUACGUUGUCAGAGUCUGCCAGAAUAGUUUACUUGCUAGUAGACCACAGUUACUAGCAGAUAUUAUGAUCGGAUUUCAUGUGUGCUAGCUGUUCUUUUGGAUGUUUUAGCUUCAAGUAAAACAUAUUAAACAAAUUCCUUCAUCCUAAAUACCUAUGUAUUAGCCGGAGAGCUAACAGAGUUGAUGACGAGGUAAAAAUGGCGGAUCUUUCGAAAUCCAACCCCGGCCUGAAAUAGUAACGCAGCCAGCAAACAGCUUGUCGCUUUUUUCUCACUCUUUCCCCCAACUGGGAAACACUUCUGUGGGUGUUUUACUCAAACGAGUGCAGAUCAGCACUGUUUUCUUUUGGUGACUUUCCUCCGGGAGACGCGGAAACAAUGAGGGCAUUUAGCAAGAGCUGAGACUUUGCAAGCAUGGAUGUGGUGUCACCAGAGCUCAACAGCCUCCUUCCUGAUGAGAUCAUGGAUACUGAGGCCAUAGAGGACAUCCCUCACUCCCAACCCGGCGGCGGCACCACGGUCCAGUCAGCCAGCGAUGACGCACCGCUCCCAAUGGAAACGGAUACACCCAUGGCUUCAGAAAAUAUGAGCCUGUGUUCAAUUGCAACUUCAACCGGACACACUCAGGCUCUCACCACGUCCACCACCUCAAACUCCACAUUCAUCAUCAGCUCCGGAAGUCCGCUCCCCAUGUCAAUUUCCAGUUCAUCGCCAUCCCUUCUUACCUUCAAACCAGCAAUGGCUACUUCCAUAGCCACAACCAAAACCACAGAUAGUUUGACUGGGACUACUUUCUCUACAAGUGGAUUACAGAAGCUCACAGCUCCGUUUACUAUCUCUGCUGCAAGCCAUCAGAUCAUUCUCAACAAGGUGGCAUCAGAAGCAGCAAAGUCUGCGGGUGGUCCACCCCAGAUCAUCAAGCAGGAGGGACAAAAGCUUUUGGUCACAGCAAUAGGAAAGUCAGGGCAACCUAUAGUUUUGCAGUUACCCCACACAGGCAGCAAGCCUGGCCUUUCACAGACUUCAGGAGACCUGAAAUCCCAAGCUCCACAGUUUAAAGUGGUGACUAUUGGUGGCAGGACGGAGCUGAAGCCAAUACUGGGGAGUCCUGGAAACCAGCUGACCACAUUACAGGCCCAGCAGCUGAAGACCAUGCAGAUUGCUAAGAAAACACCAGUGUCCUCGGCUGCACCAAUCAAGUUUAUCAUCACAAAAACUGUUAACAGCAAAGGUCUAAGUCCUCAGACAUCAGUUACUCCUGUUAUCGCAGGACGGGUCUUGACGCAGAGUUCCCUAGGGAUGCCCUCAAGGACUAUUACUCUCUCUGAGCCCCACAACACUACAACACUACAGAGCAUAACUGGCAAAAAGAUUGCCAUUUCACCCCUUAAAUCUCCCAGCAAGGUGACUGUGGUUUCUGUGGCUUCUCCCACCUCCAACGCCUCUCACAAGUCAGUGACGCUGCCCGUCAAUGUAGCACUUGGACAGCAGAUCCUCACAGUCCAACAGUCCACACCGGGGUCUCCAAUCAAAGUGACCACAAGCCAAACCACACAGGGUCUUAAACCAGGGCAAACUGUGACCGUGGGCGGAGUCGGCGGCUCCCAGUUCAAGACCAUCAUCCCACUGGCCACCCAGCCGAAUGUGCAGCAGAUCCAGGUUCCAGGUAGCAGGUUCCACUACGUCCGCCUGGUCACAGCCACCACAGCGAGCAGCUCGGGACAGCCCAGCGGUCCCAGCACCAGCUCUCUACAGACCGCUAAACCUAUGAUGGUCAGCACAGGAGCCGUCAGGAUGUCGGUCCCAAUCGUCCCGGCACAGUCUAUCAAACAGAUGGCACCUAAGUCCCUAACAUCAGCAGCCGUAGUAACCACCACUCAGACCCAGCAACGCCUCAUCAUGCCUGCAACUCCUCUACCCCAGAUCCAGCCCAACUUCACCAACCUCCCCCCAGGUACCGUUCUGGCCCCAGCUCCAGGAGGAGGGAACAUGGGAUAUGCAGUCGUCCCAGCACAAUACGUCACACAGCUCCAGCAGAGCCCAUUUGUGACCCUCGCCAGCAGCUCUGCUUUCACCACGAACACCGGUAUCCAGACUCAGGCCAGAUUGCCCCUCAAUGGAUUGUCAGCAGCAGAAACGACCUCAAGACCGAGGAAACCAUGCAACUGCACCAAGUCACAGUGUCUCAAACUAUACUGUGACUGCUUUGCAAAUGGAGAGUUCUGCAGUAAUUGUAACUGCAAUAACUGCUUCAAUAAUCUGGAACAUGAAACGGAACGUCUCAAAGCUAUAAAAACGUGUCUGGACCGGAACCCAGAAGCCUUCAAACCUAAAAUAGGUAAAGGCAAGGAGGGAGAGUCGGACCGCCAACACAGCAAAGGCUGCAACUGCAAACGCUCGGGCUGCCUGAAGAACUACUGCGAGUGCUACGAGGCGAAAAUCAUGUGUUCGUCCAUUUGUAAGUGCGUCGGCUGCAAGAACUUCGAGGAGAGCCCGGAGAGGAAGACGCUGAUGCACCUGGCUGACGCCGCAGAUAUGAGGGUUCAGCAGCAAACUGCUGCCAAGACCAAGCUGUCGUCACAGAUCUCAGACCUGCUCAUGCGGACCACUCCUGUCAUGUCAAGUGGAAGCGGGAGGCUGCCAUUUACGUUUGUAACAAAGGAGGUUCUUGAAGCAACGUGCGAGUGUCUGCUGGAACAGGCCAAAAAGGCGGAACAGACUCAUCAGCCUCAGGUGGAAGCAGAGCGGAUGAUCCUGGAGGAGUUCGGACACUGCCUCAUGAGGAUCAUCAGCUCGGCGGGGAAAGCCAAAGCAGACUGUGCUUCUAUCAAUUGCUAGGCCAAGCUUUUUGGCUCUCCCCCACCCUCUAACAUGCACACAGCUGCGGGGCCGAGAGAAACAGAUGACUCUACUCUCUCGGACCCCUGGGGUUUCUCUCCUGCAAGGAACAGGUCGUCUCCCUCCUCUGAAGGCAGAACAAUGGCCUGAAAGUAGAUCCCCCCCGCCCUUAGCAGGCAGAGGCCAGCUGGAAUAAUAAACAUUGAGCAGAUGUUUGCAAACCGAAGGAGAAAUGGACAGAGCACGUCGCCUCUGAUGGAUAUUAAAAACCGUUCUCACACUUGUUCACCUGUUAUGGACAGAAAGGACUGAGCAAGGUAGUCCACAUGGACUGGAGUGUUUCUCUACUUAAUUUUCCCUACAGGGCUCUAUAAAAUGUGUUUGUGUCCUCCAAACUUUUGUUCUUCCAUUUUAUUCUAUUUUCUAUUAUUCUUUCCCCCCUUUAUGAGUUUUUUUCCAAAAUGAAAUGCCUUUUUAAUGUAAUCAUUUGUGCUUACAGUAGAUAAAAAGAACAUGUAUCUUUUGAUAUUUAUUUUGACAAGUAUUUGUAAUCAUUGUGAGCGCUAAUAUUGUGUGACUUUUAGUGCUGCAAAUUGUUAAUUAUUAACCAAGGCUAGGCUAAAUUGUGUCAGUGAAAUGAGUAGAGGCAGUCCUGGGUUUGAUCCAUAAAGGCAAUCGUAAAUUGAAUACACAUAUGGAUGAAUGCAUUAUGAACACACAGCACUGUGCUCAUGAUAGUUGGAACAUGGCUAGAUUGGCGAAGGUUCACGUUUCUCUUUGUGCGGUUUUCUGUUUGAUCAGUCCCAUGCUUACUGAACAUUAAAAACACCAUACAUGGGGAAAAACAAUUGAGACCUAUAAGACUUGUUCAAUUAUGUUUCUCACUAGAAGAGAGUGGAGAAAGGGGGUCUGAAGUUUUUUUUUAUGUCAAAGUGGCAGAAAUUAGAACACCUCCAUCAAGACAUCUCAUGGUAGGAGCACAGGAGUAUAACAUUAAAUUAAUGGCUGAAGUAAUGCAACUAACAAGGUGAUCCAGAUCUGUCACACACACAUAGCUGAUGAUUGGUUUUGUGUUACAAUUACCACAGAUAAAAAAAAGAAAGAACCAGAGACCCAUAUCUGCCUCUUGCAUUUGUAUUAAUACAUUAUACCACAACCCUUUAA